AUGACUUCACUCAACACGGAGCUCGCUCUUGUGAAGCGGCUUCAUAUGCUGAGUAAGAAUUAUGACAACCGCCCCGUUAUUGCGCGUCGAAACACGCUCCCGACACUGGUCCGCUUUCUCGGAAGUAACGAUAGAGAAACACGCCAGUAUUCCCUUGCUGCGCUGCACAUGCUGGCACAGCACCCGGAGAACGUUGAGCUCCUCAGUGGCGAUCGCGCACUUGUCAAGGAGGUGCACAGAGUGUACAAGGACGCCGAAUGCGACGACCCCGAGCUCCACGAAUUGGCAAACCAAAUUCUUAACUGUCUUGAACCUGUCCUGCAGAACAAUGACCCUAGGAAGGAGGAGGCACGGUCUGCCAACAUGGGCAGCAGUAGCAGCAAUGGUAACUUGGAUAGCAGCGCCGCGGAGGACGGCUUCUCGCUGACGCGGCGCGCGCGCGCGGCCCGCGUGUUGCGCGGCGUCGGCUCCGACGCAAUCCACACUGUCGUUCUUGAUAUUCCCGCGCUGGAUCCACGAAACGUGGACGAUCUCGCUACAAUUGAAGACAUAUUUCAAACGACACGCGGUGUGUUGUCGUACUCUGUCUUUGUCGAAAACAAACAGGCGCGGCUAUUUCUGACGUGCGAAACCCAGGCUGUGCAACAGGUGCUCUCGGACUCUGGCUUCGAGUCGAUUGUGGUGCGCGAUGACGUGGUCGGUCAGGAUGUCUUUGGUGGCCCUGGUGCUGGUGGGAGUGGCGGCACCCACCUCAACAACAACAACAACAACCGUAGUUACUACGACGGGGAUGUGUCGCGGCGGCAGCCCUCUUAUUUAGAGAGCUUCACCAACAGUAUCUACAAAACAGCAUUGGUGCUGCGUGGUGGUGGGAGCCAGACUGACACUCUGUCAUCCCGUGUGCAGCAGCAGCAUGCCCGUGAGCAGCACGGCACCUCCACGUUGCGGCAAGUGGCAAACACGUUGUCAAAAUGGUGGUGA